UUCGCAAAGACUGGAGAUCCCAACGAGCCAGAAAACCCAAUUUUGUCAACAUAUUGGUCGGCAUCUACCAGCGAGUCCAGUCAUUACAUAGAAUUUGGAGACACCAUCCAAGCCAAAGAUGGCUCUAUUAAACGAGAACGUUCAAAAUUCUGGAAUGAUUAUAUUGGUAAACUGCUGACCAAUGCACAAUGUUCUCUCAAUUCAGUUGAGAAUGGAGACAAGGAAGAGGAAUGUGUGAAACCUGGUACAACUAAUGUUGGAAUUGCAGUUGAAGCUGCAAAGGCUUUGGUACUAGGAAUGGCGUUCCUUGGUACAUUUUGGUACUAGGAAUGGUGUUCCUUGGUACAUUUUGGUACUAGGAAUGGCAUUCCUUGGUACAUUUUGGUACUAGGAAUGGCUUUCCUUGGUACAUUUUGGUACUAGGAAUGGCGUUCCUUGGUACAUUUUGGUACUAGGAAUGGCUUUCCUUGGUACAUUUUGGUACUAGGAAUGGCUUUCCUUGGUACAUUGUGGCACUAGGAAUGGCUUUCCUUGGUACAUUUUGGUACUAGGAAUGGCGUUCCUUGGUACAUUUUGGUACU